AUGGCCGUUCACAAAACUCAACAUGAUCGAGUGCAGAUCACCCGGCCAGCCUAUGUUAGCUACGGUCAUCCAAACUUGGAUGAAGCAUCAGCCUUCGCAUUAGACUUUGGGUUCGUCGAGGUCAGUCGCACAGAAGGCCCUGACGAAACGCGCUUCUAUCGGGGAUAUGGCGAUCAACCUGUGGUUUAUAUCGUUACAAAGACCCCAUCCCCUGUCUUCCUCGGUGUUACCUAUGAGGUGGAGAGCGCUCUGGACCUAGACAGGGCGGAGCUCGUGCCAGGUGCCGCAAAUAGAGAAAUCUUGGCCAAACAACCGGGCGGCGGCGAACGCGUGAGAAUCAACGGCCCUGAUGGAAUCCCUUUCUAUGUCAUAUACGGACAAACCCUCGUGGAGCGUCAAGAGCCCUCGUUGCAGUUUGGGCCUCUGAAUUACCCCGCAGAGAAUGAUAACAACUCGGUCCGCAAACCACGCCAGGGCAAGGGACAGCGCCCAGAGCUAGGCCCUGCACCCGUCCACAAACUCGGGCACUGUGGGUUCAGAGUCACGGACGUGGGCAUGGCGCCAAGUAAGCCGGAGCAACAGUUCUUCGUCUUCCUCCAUAUCGACAAGGGCGAAAGUUAUACCGAUCAUCACUCCUUCUUUAUUACAUCUAUUCGUGAGGAGCCAAACGACAAACUCUAUCCAGCCGGCGUGCACCAUGCGGCCUUCGAAGUGCACGACUUCGAUGUGCAACACGUCGCCCAUGACUUUUUGAAAAAUGCUGGGUACAAGCUGCAAUGGGGUGUUGGGAGACAUCUCCUUGGCAGCCAAAUCUUUGACUACUGGUAUGACAAGAGUGGAUUUGUGCUCGAGCACUAUUCCGACGGUGAUGUAGUCAACAAGGAUACGCCGUUCAGGGAAUAUACUAUGUUUGACAAUCUUUCAACUUGGGGCCCGCAGACGCCUCAAAAUUAA